AUUAACAUCAACAACUCCAUACUUCACAAUCCUACCGAAACUAAACACUGUACUGCUUCCUCUCUCUCUGCGCUCUGCCAUGACGACGUCGUCAGGUUCGGUGAACAACGCCAUGCCCUCAGGCCUCCAAGAAGUGCUUCUCAACCGAAAGCGCACCGAACAAGAAGAAGAAGAACCCAACAACAAUGCCCAAACUGCAAUUUCGCCCUCGCAACCUUCUUCACCCGCCGGUGUUACCGUCGCCGGCGAAGGUGACAGCUCAAUCUCCAAACCCGUCGUGUUGGUAACCAACAGCGACGGCAUCGAGUCCCCGGGUCUAACAUUCCUCGUCCAAGCUCUCGUGCGCCUCGGCCUCUAUGAUGUCCAUGUCUGCGUUCCCCAAUCGGACAAAUCUGUUUCGGGCCACUCUCUCACUAUCGGAGAAACCGUGGAAGCCUCUUCUGCUCUGAUUGACGGUGCCACCGCCUUUGAAGUUUCAGGAACUCCUGUCGAUUGUAUUUCACUAGCGUUAUCCGGGGCCUUGUUUUCAUGGUCAAAGCCAGUGCUGGUUAUUAGCGGAAUUAACCAGGGAUCAAGCUGUGGUCAUAUCAAGUUCUACUCAGGUGUUGUUGCUGGGGCUAGAGAGGCGUUAUUAUGUGGUGUACCUUCUUUGUCAAUAUCAUUAAAUUGGAAGAAGGAUGAAAGUCAAGAGACUGAUUUCAAGGAUGCAGUAGAGCUCUGUUUACCUUUAAUAAAGGCAGCUAUCAGGGAUGUUUUACAGGGAACUUUCCCUAAAAGCUGUUUUCUGGGUAUAGAAAUUCCUACAUCGCCUUUAAGCAGCAAGGGCUACAAGUUGACCAAGCAAAGUAUGUGGAGAUCCACUCCAAACUGGCAGGCAGUUUCAAGCAGCCGCCAUCCUCCUGGUCAUUUUUUGGCCAGUAAACAAGGCUUUGGUCUUCAGUUUGCACAGAUUGGCCGUGAUGCCUCUGCUGCUGGUGCAGCUCGGAGAUUAACUACUCAGAAAAAGAAUUUGGAGAUUGUUGAAUCAAUUGGAGCUGCAGGAAAACCUGAUUCUAACAGGGUGAAGAAGUACUUCAGACUAGAGUUUUUGGAUAAACAGCAGGAAGAUAUAGAUGAUGAUCUGGAUUACAGAACACUUGAAACUGGAUAUGUUGCAGUUACUCCUCUCUCUCUGUCUCCUCAUACUGAGACGGAUAUUCAAAUGGCAGCUUCUGAUUGGCUUUCAUCUGUACUUCCUGGUGAACAAUAGCCUCAAACAGAGUUCAGCUUCAGCGUGAUUAUGUACAUUUGAGAUUUAUGAUGGUUCUUCCUGUUGUAAAGGUGGAGCAGAAGCGGCAGUCACACGUAUUCUAUAAUUGAUAUCAAUCUGUUCGUUUGUGUAAGAUGUUCUGUAUUCCCUCUUCAUUGUUUCAUUUCUUCUUGUCUCUAGCCAUUUCUGACGUGAAACAAAUUCAUUAUUUGCUUCCUGUAAUCCACUAGGCAUAUUUUGAAAAUGCCAUUUCCUCUGUUUGUAACUUCAAAACUAUUAGCAAAACGCUGGUGCACUUCUCAUCGUAAUUUUUCGCUAAGUUGUUGUUUGAAA